ACUUGUGGUGUGUCAUUCAUUCAUCAUUCAUUGUUGUGUGAUUGGUGUCAUUGUUGACGUGCUGUUGACCCGCGAUUUGCAAUCAAAAAUGAAAAGUUUAAAAUAAUUUAGUGUUCAUUGAGAGCUUGUUUUAUUUACAUUAUAUUAAAGCUCCACAAUGAAUUAUCAACCCAUUUUUCUAUGUUUAUUAGUAGGGGUGAUCGUGGUUGAAGAAGCAAGCUGCCUUCAUAAGCGCUGCAUGAAAUGUAGAUCAAGAGGUGAAUUAGGUUCCUGCGGAGAUCCUUUUCCUUACAAUGUAACAGAUGCUGAUACAGAAGCCGGUAUCCAUGUGGUGGCAUGUCCAUCCGGUUGGUGUGGAAAGAUUAUUGAAGGAACAACUGGUGCCUUUAGGACUGAUGAUUAUGGUGCGGCAACACAAAGGAUGUGUCUCCAGAGAUCGCCGAGUGAUGAUGAAGAGAGGUGCGCCUACACAAUGUGGAAUCACAGAAAAGUUUACAUGUGCUUCUGUAAUGGUGAUCUUUGCAAUUCUGCCUAUAAGAACUCUGCACCUCCAAUUAUGUUAGCUACUAUAUUAGUUGUUGUAUAUAAUUAUCUUCAAUUUAGUUUAUGAAUGUUUUUAGGUAACUUGAAUUAAAUGGAUAAAUGAUCUGAACAUUCCAAAAUUGUGAUAUUUGGCCAUUGACUUAAUAUACGAGCAAGACUACAAAUUCUUAAGAAAAGUUCACAACAAAAACUUUCGAAAUUGCAUCAUUAGUCUUUGAGAUAAUCGCGACAAUACAUACUUACAUACAUAUGCACGGUUCGAAUACAUAACUUCGUGUUUUUGAAGACAGUUAAAAAAAGCGUCCAUGAGUCCCAGACAGUACUGUAACAUAGAACAAUAACAAAUUCAAUCUAACUUAGACGUCAUUUAGACGAGAGGUGCAAUUACAAUCACUAAACUGAACAAAAAACAUGCCCUGAGCAUAGCAAUAGCUGUGAUAGCCUAGUGGUUAACAGUUAAGAUGUUCAUCUCCAAUCGGGAGGUUGGGGGUUUGACUUUAGGCCUGCAUUCUAUCUUUUUGGAGUUAUGUGUGUUUUAAGCAAUUAAGUAUCACUUGCUUCGGUCACAGUCAAAGAUAACAUGCAUGCCUGAAAAUUCGCCAUAGUGUUCUCAAAGAUAAUAGCCGAACCCCUUCUCAUUCUGAGAGAAAACCUGUGUUCAGUAGUGGGCCGGUGAUGGAUUGGUCAUGAAGCAUAGUGUAAGCUCUGGGUGGGACACUUUGUCUUGGAAAUAUGUGUAAAUGUAAUUUUGUUGGUCUUGCUGGAAUAUUAGGUUGAACACUUUCAUAUUUAAAUUCUACUAUCUAGUUCUAUGAAUCUAUGAUAUAAGUUUUUUACGUGCUCGAAAUAGUGCAUGAAAAAAUCAAGAAAAAUCAUUUGAUAUUUCUUUUAGAUUAUUAUCUUAAUAGUCAUAGACAUUACUGUUAUGAUUGAUAAUAAUAAUUUAAUUUUAAUUGAUAUAAAGAUUAAAUUAUUUAAAAUACUGGUUUUUUCUAAUGACAUGAUUUUGUGAUAACUUUUUAUAUCUUAUCUAAGGCUUAUCAUUUGCAGUCCAUUAAUAUUACUGUAUCUUAUUAUUAUUAGUAAAUUAGUUAAGUUUAUUACUAUCAAUUUUAAUGAAUUUUUUUCCAUCCUAUUAUUGUGAUCUAAUAGACAGAAUAAGUAACAGUUUAGUAGGAUUUUUAUUAAUAUUGAUUUAUAUAAGUAUCUUUGAUUGUAUUUUUGGAUACUGGAUAGUUACUUACAAAGGUACACAACUGCACAUAGAUCUGAAUUUACUAAUUCUAUUAUAAUAUAGGUAUAGGUGACCAAGCCUGAAUGUGUUUAGUUCAAUAUAUUUUAUACUCAUUUUAAACUGUAGAUUGUACAUACUUAAAUAAGUGCUCUUGUCCUCUUCAGUUGUAUCUAAAUCAGGAAAGAUAGUUUGCUAUCCAAAAUGACUUGUGGUCUUCAUACUUAUAUUUACAAAGAUCUAAGUUUACUAAUUCUAUUAUAAUAUGUAUGGAUCACUAGCGUGUGUUCAAUUAAAUAUGAUACAUAUAUUAUAUACUUAUUUAAACUGUAGAUGGUAAAUACUUAAAUAAGUGCUCUUGUGAUCUUCAAUUGUAUAUGAAUCAAGAAAGAUAGUCUGUUAUCCAAAAUGACUUGUAGUAUUCAUACUAAAGGUCCAAACGCAUUCACGCUGCGCUUGCUCAAUGCGACGCGACGCGGCAGUACCUUGCUCCAUAGAAACUCAUAUAAACUAGCUGAUGCCCGCGACUUU